GAGGCUGCUAUGGUGAGAGAGAGCAUCAAGGGUGGAUGGUGGGCUUUCAGCUCGGUGGCCUCUGAUGAAAUGAUAACUUAUUAUUAUUGCUUUUCUUCCAAUUUGAUAAGAGGGGCAUGAUAAGUAUCAUGCUGUCAACAAUAAAGUGGGGUUUGGCUCUGAAUCAAGUGGAGGGACCACGACACUCUUGGUGGCUUUAUUUGUUGUUGAAGAGCCAUCAGGUUGGAAGAAAUGGGACCCCAUUUAAGUCAUGGUACUGAGGCUCAAGUCAGCCCAUUGGAUCCAAAUUCAUAUCAGCCGGGUAUCCUAAAAACCACACAAAUUCUUCCAUUUUUGUGCGAUCCUUCACCACCGUUUGUGGAGGAGGUAGUUCCUCUCUCAAAUUCUAAGUCAAUUCGAAGCUCGAAAAGUAAAAAAUGAAGAGAAAAUAUUGUGGGUCCUUGAUUUUUCUGCUUCUUUUUCACUUGCAAAUCCAUUUCUCCUCUGGAAAAAAUGCUAGAGUAUGUGUUUCUAAAGGUGGUCGCUUUCCGCCGUAUUCAUCGGAAGGGAAACUUCCAAAAAAGGUAGGCAAGGGUGCCAGAGAUUUGACCCUUUGUAGGCUGUUUCACAAACAGACUUGCUGCGAUGUAGCUCAGACGUAUCCUGCCUCCCUGUCUGUUAGGAGGCUGGCUUCAACAGGAGAAGCCAGCCAGGAGUGCUUGCAAUUAUGGGAAUUGUUGGAAUGUUCAAUUUGUGAUCCCCAAAUUGGUGUUCAGCCCGGACCUCCUCUUAUAUGCGCCUCUUUUUGUGACAGAGUCUAUCAAGCUUGUGCUAGUGCUUACUUCUCUAUGGAUGCAAAUAAACGGGUCAUAGCACCGUGUGGAGUAAAUGACUUUGUUUGUGGACAAGCUGCUGAAUGGGUCUCCAAUGGCACAGAGCUCUGCCAUGCUGCAGGUUUUGCUGUUAAGCUGUCUGAUGCAAAUGUUGGUGUAGAAGAGGUGUCUUGCUAUGGUGGUAGAGCCAGUCUCGAUUCUAUCUCCGAUUCAUGGAGGUCUCCACAAUCUGAGUUUACCCAGAAAGUUGAGAAUUUAGGGGUUGUGGAAGAUUUCCAGCAGUGGGUGCAGGAAAUGCAAUUUAGUGAAAAAGUUUCUUGGGCAGUAGGAGGUUUAGUUCUCACUGCAGGCCUCUUGUUUAUGAGUAAAAGGAAGAGUCAUGGUCAGCGCCAAAAGCUUGCAGCUAUUCAAAGAGCAGCAAUAGCUGCAAGGAGACUGGAUGGCCGGAUGAGCCAGAAUUCUCCUGAUAGUUUAGUGAAUAGGAAAGGAAUUCGAAGAUGAUAUUUUAAUUUACAGAUCCAUUCUGGAAUAAGCUGCCCUGAUAUCUAGCUGGAAGCUAUCAAGAACUUCAACAACACAAUCUCAGGAUUGACUGAUGUAUAUUUGUUAAGCUUCGAUGAUUGAGGUGGGAAACAGAAAUUAGGAUUACAUGUGUCCUGCAGUUUUGCUAUAACAGUUGUCAAUGUGAACCUGUUGGUGUUUUGUAUAUAAAAAAAAUCUCUUAGUAUGAGAUAAACAAGUCUUUUUCAUACCCUUUCAAAGAAUUUCUGAGUUGCUUCUACAAUACAGGAUGUAUAAGACAAUACUAUUGGUGAAGGGUCAUAAAAUAUUGAAUGAUCCCAAAAUGUCCGGUCUAAAUUACUUUGAGGAAAUAAAUUAUUUUCUAAA